AUGCCAGCGUACCAUUCCGUUUUCCUAGACGAGCCGAACCAGCAAUUAAUUGGCAACUUUGCUCUGCUCCCGCUACGAACACGAACCAGAGGUCCAGCACAGCAAUUACCUGCACUAGCUGGCGUCACCGAACUCGACAUUGAGCCCAGCAAUGAGUCCUACGAUCCACUAGACGAAAUACUCUCGCUCUUCCGCGCCAAUACCUUCUUCCGAAACUUCGAAAUCAAAGGCCCCGCAGACCGCGUCCUUAUAUAUGGCAUCCUCUACGUCAGCGAGGCGCUGAGCAAAAUCAAGCCAGGCAUGAGCAAGAGAGAUGCUGAGAAAUCAGUGAUGAACUCUGCUUUGGACACGAACUUUGCGAUACCUGGCGAUGCGGGCUUUCCGCUCAACCAGAUGUUUGAGCCUCCCAGAGAUAGGAAUGAGGCGGAAGUGCUGAGACAGUAUAUUAUGCAGAUGCGGCAGGAGCUGGCUGUGAGACUUUUGAACAGAGUGUAUGGUGACGCAUCAGGGCAGCCUAGUAAGUGGUGGCUCAGCUUCCAAAAGCGCAAGUUUAUGGGCAAGGCAUUAUGA